GCGCAUUCGAAGCACCAAUCAAGACGCUCCAUCUAAUAUACUUUCUGUUGGCGGCUUCUGCGCUGAUCUCACUCGAUGAUGUUUAUAGAUACUACAAUUCGAGUUUCGAAUACUGGAUGGUUGCCUGUAUGACUUGUGCAUAUGGUUACACCGAGGACAAACAUGAGCAUAACAUUAUAUAUGAGCGCCUUCGACUUUGCCUGAUCCUCAAUUCCUCUUAGCAUCUGUCUUGAUACCCUCUCCACUCAACGUGAAUGUCGAUUGUCUAGGGCUGGUCUUUUCUGUUUCCCCCUUCCCCCUUCCCCCCUCUUCUCCUCGAACGACUUUGAUAGUCACGAAGAAACUCCUCGACCUACCCUACUGCCUACCAACUGGCCCUUGAAUAGCCUGUUCUAUCCCUUCGACUCCUGUUCAACUACCAUCCACACAAUUCUAUCUCGCCCCUAUACAUUAAUACUAUUGUGGCCGCUGGCUGGCUAAAGCAUCCAGAAUGCGUUCAUCAUUUGUUUUCAUUGCCUGUCUAACAACAUACUCGUUUGCGGCACCGGCAUUCUUCGACAAUGCAUACACGUUCUCAAACGACCUAUCGGAGUACCUGGGGAGAGUGAGCAAGCAUAUUGAGCACUCCAAGGACAUACUCAACUCUGCCACGUGCGAUACUGCUAGCAUUGAACUGCCGACACAAGCGUCCGGGUUACCCUCUCCGUCAGACCAGAAGCUUUUAUACGUCGCACUUGGGCGCGGUACACAGAACUAUACCUGCGCGACACCAUCUUCAAACUCGACACCUGUAGCUGUUGGCGCUGUUGCAAACCUCUACAAUGCUACUUGCAUCGCAGGAAGGUUCUCGGAUAUGCUUAACAUGCUCCCGAAUAUUGCAUACAGGAUCCCCUUGCCAACCGGUGAAUCAGAUCGCCUUCCACCGGCAAACCUUGAUCUCAUGGGCCACCAUUACUUUGAUGGUUCAACACCCGUGUUUAACCUCGACACCACGGAAACACACCAGUAUGGCAUUGCACGAACAAAGAAAGAGGCGCAGGUUGAUGCGCCUUCGAAUGCUAUCCAAGGGAACAACGGGGCCGUUGCUUGGCUCUAUCUCUCAACCACGAGUGGCACGGUAGGGGACUAUUCCGGCGUAUACCGGGUUGACACUGCUGCGGGAUCACCGCCGAAGACAUGUAAGGACAUGCCAUUGGAGUUUACUGUUCAAUAUGCUGCAAAUUACUACUUUUAUGGAAAAUAACGGUGAUUGUUGGGACUCGAUGAUGUACAUAAUUGAGGGUUGGAAUAUUGUAUGAUUUGCCAUGACCUAGUCGCGGAAUUAUAAGUCAGAAAUAUACGUAUGA